AUGUUGGCUUCAGAAACUUCAGAACGUUCGAACACAGCACAGCCUGGCAUGGUAUUGGAAGCCAAAGAGCCGAGCUGGUCGAUGUGCCAAGACAUUCUGAUCCAGAGGGUGAGUGUGCUCCAUGCCACGAACUGGAGGAGUGGCUGGGUGCAAAGUUGUGGCAAACAUGCAGCUGCGUUUUCGAUGAAAGAUCGCAGGUUGAACCAACAGCUGGGUUUCCUCCACGACCACCUGUGGCGGAAGCUGGACGACACCAAAUGUGGCGGAUGGGUUCACUUGCGUGACUACAAGAGAACACCAGCCGCUGGGGGCAGACAUGGACAGACACUCGGCGUGGCGCACGUGCGAGCAUCGAUCGCCCACUGGGUGGCAGAAGCGGAAGGCGCCUGCACAGGCAGCCGCCACUGGCAGUAG